AUGUAUCCGUGUGCCAACGUGGUGUGCCAGCCUGAGCAAGUGUGCAUUGUUGAUGAGUCGAGGGUGCCACGGUGCCAGUGUAACAAGUCUUGUCCUGACAUUCUCUCCCCCGUCUGCGCCUCCGACGGGAAGACGUACAGCAACGAGUGUGCAAUGAACUUUGAGUCCUGCAGCAACAGACUGUCGCUCACUGUGAUUUACAGAGGAGAGUGUUCGUCAGGAGUGAACCCGUGCGGGGCUGUGCGUUGUAUAUCCGGCCAGGGUUGUGUGGUGAACCAAUACGGCGUGGCCACCUGUCAGUGCCGCAGAUGGUGUCCGCCUAUCGUGACGCCCGUGUGUGGCACCGAUGGCACUACCCACGACAGCAAGUGCCAUCUGGCGAGGGAGGCGUGUAUGAGGCAGCGCUCCGUCAAGGUUGCUUAUGUCGGUUCUUGCGGAACAGGUGGGCCAUGUGAAGGUUACACGUGCGAAUUCGGAGGUGUGUGCGUCGAGAGAUACGGCCAGGCGGAGUGCACGUGUCCCGAGUGCAGUGGCAUCUACGAGCCUGUGUGCGGGGACGAUAAGAGGACGUACCACAGCCUGUGUCUCCUCCAUCGGCAUGUGUGUCUCACGCAUACACAGGUUGAGGUCUUACAUGAAGGGUCUUGUGGUUGA